AUGAACCCUUGGACAUACAGGUACCUCCAGCGCUCCCUCCUGCCUCACGUUCGGCCCCUGUCCCUGGUGAUCUACCCCAGGCCCCCUUGUAUCCACCCCAGGCUUCUGAACUUGCCCCCGUGGGGUGAAGACCAGAAGAGGCUGGUGAUUCCAGAGAGCCGGCGGGCAUCUCUCAACAAGAAGCAGCAGUGGAUUGACCAGACGCUGUUUACCAGGAGCCUCCUACAGAGCUCACAGUUCAUCACUGUCCCUGUGGAGAAGUUCAGUGAUGUUCCAGACUGUGAGAAGUUCUUCCUGGAGGGGACAACUCCAAAUCUCCCAGGUAUUUUGUAUGAUGGGAUAGUCAAGAACGAGGGCCGCUACAAGCCGAUUUGCCAGAAGUACAACAACAUCUACAGGUUUGCAACUCUCUACGACACGACCAACAGGAUCCCUGUGUUCUCAGCCUACACCUUCACUGGUCCUCCUACAGACCCCAGACCAAAUCAACGCUGGAUGAUCGAGCCCCAGCUUGAAGAUAAACAUUACACACGUGACAUGAUGGUGGCAGGUAGACGUCUAAGAGUCGAGCACCAGGCUACGAACGCAGACUACAAGGUAAAGAUAAAGGGCAUGCAUCUGGACAGAGGUCACCUAUUCCCAUGUUCGUAUGCUGAUGAUGAUACCAUGAGGUCCACUUUCACCCUGACAAACGCCGUUCCACAGGAAAGAGGCUUCAACCGAGGCAGAUGGAGUAAAAUUGAGUGCAAAGUCAGAAAAUAUCUUGAGAAUAACUGUAAGGAAGCUGAAGACCAGAUUAAAGCCUAUGUGGUGACUGGAGCAGUUCCCAACAACAACAAGCUGAACAAACGAGUGAACAUCCCGGAUCUUCUGUGGACAGCCUACUGCUGUAAAAACAAACUGGGAGAGUGGGUGGCCGGAGCAUACUGGGGGAAGAACGUAAAGGGGGAAAUAGUGAAUUCGAAUACCUUGGGAGAACUAGAAAAAGAAUUGACGAGUUUUUACAAGGAUUUCAAGGUAUUCCCAUAUUAUUGCCCAAGAAAAGCUAUUCAAAGUGUAGAACAGGAUGAGACAGGGAGGAACAGAGAGAGAGUAUUAGAGGGUGGGGCGGGGCAAAAGAGGAGCGGAAAAGGGAGCAUGAGAUGGCGAGAAGAGAGGAGCAUGAAGAUGGUGAGAAGAACAGGGGAUGAGUUAAAGGAAUGUGAUGAGGAGGAUGAGUGUGAUUGUGACUGUGAUGAAAAAUGAUGAGUUUUGUCCAGUGGUAAUUCCCACAACUAUUGAGUACACAUUCCCUAAGUUACAAGGGUUAUAGGGGUUUAAUGGUUAUAAGGGUUAAGUUAUAAUGGUUAUAAGGGUUAAAUAAUAAUGGUUAUAAGCCAUGGUUAAAAUGGUUAUA